GCAUCUCUUGCUAUCUCCAAGUUCCUCAACACCUACAACUACCUUGCCAACGGAGUCAUUCGAAUCCCCAAACCUCAACACCAUCACAAUGACCACUCUCAAACCCGGAGAUAAGUUCCCUGACGAUGUUGUCUUCCAGUACAUCCCAUGGUCGGAAGAUAAGGGCGAGAUCACCUCCUGCGGCAUACCGAUCAACUACAAUGCCUCGAAAGAAUGGGCGAACAAGAAGGUCGUCCUGUUCUCUGUGCCUGGUGCAUUCACGCCAACUUGCUCUGUAAACCACCUCCCGGGCUAUAUCGAGAAACUGCCCAAGCUCAAGGAGAAGGGUGUUGACGUUGUUGCCGUUAUCGCUUCCAACGAUGCCUUCGUGAUGAGCGCAUGGGGUAAAGCGAACAGUGUCAAGGGAGACGACAUUUUGUUUCUCUCGGACCCGGACGCCAAGUUCUCUAAGAGCAUUGGCUGGGCCGAUGCAGCUUCUGGUCGGACGAAGCGAUUUGCUAUCGCUAUCAACCAUGGAAAGGUUGUCUACGCUGACAUCGAGACGGAGAAGGGUGUUGUCAAGGCUUCGGGAGCUGAUACUGUCCUCGCCUCUCUGUAAAAUGGUGCAAUGACAUAAAUAGCAUAUAGAAAUGUAUAGGGAUUUAUAUACCAAGAUAUCAUGACAUGAAUUAUAUAUU